AUGAAGCAGUUAAAGAAAGGUGCUAUUCAUCAAGGUGCAUCAUUAACUUGUAUUGACCUAUCAUUGUUUUCAACUUCAAAUAACAUCAUGCAAGAGGUAGGUAUAUCUUAAAAUUGAUACCUAUUUACUGAAUUAUAACGUAUAGUACAUAUAUAUAUAUUAUAUUUUAUAAUAUAAUUUACCGAAUUUAUUUUACUUAACCACUGACUUAAAUAUUGUUUAUAUUUUCUACUUAUUUUAUUCUAUUAAAUAAGAAUUUUAUGCAAUUCUUCAGGAAAAUGCAUCUACUAGCAGUCAAACGGCAGAUGCCUCUGUUAAUGAUUUUUCUUUUACACCAUGUGUCAACUGA